AUGGACGUUGGUUCCUUUGGUAUAGAUCCUGACAUCCAGUUGCGGAAUGUAAAGCUUUUCGAAGUGCAUAUACGCCGGACGUGGCUUGCGCUGACAUUGGCACGGCGAGCUUGCUACGUGGUUCUUAUAGUACUGUGCCUGCACGCUGCGUACUGCGCUAAAAAGGCUUGCAGCGCAGUCUUUUCAGUGCAGCUCUUUGGAACCAGUGUCCCCGCAGUUCAAGCCAUGAGAUCGAGUUUUGAUCAGAGUGCUCCGGGCCAAUUGUACCACGGGUGCUCUGCGAAAUUUGUCAAUCAGGAUACUAUGCACGGUGCGUCUACCUCAGACUGUGAAACGUGUGACCUUGCGUCGGCCCAGCUCGCGGAGAAACCUUGUACAAACGCCUGCGCAAAUAGCCCACCGGGAACAGGCUUGGAUUCUAGCGGUGUUUAUGGGUGUGCGGUGGAAGCGACGCGCGGGACAAGAACCCGCGCGGUGCUCCGUCUUCUGGAAGCAUUGAAGUACGCUACUUUGUGGGCACUGAGAGGCUUCUUGCCUCUAUGGAUCUUUUUUGGUAUGGGUAUUUACAGGGCGUUUCUUUUGGACUCGCAACUAUACGUUAUUCGUCUGAACAGAGUAUUGUCUCGCUUCCAUAUCGUCUUUUCGCGCAGCGCUCGCCGGCUGCACAAGGCCGAGCGAUAUGCCUCUAGAGCGCAACACCCGAGUUCAUGGACGUACGCCGAGCAACGCAUUGCGAGGCCACCAGAAUCGGAGCGACUCGAGCAUCGCGCUGAUCGGGGAAAACUGCAGAGGACCUCCUGA